GACCGGUGCACACCGAAGUGUCUCUGCGGAUGUUGACGGACUCACGUGUCGCUGCUCGGCUGUCUCAAGUUGUCUCUUGUGUUGUGUUGACUCGUUGUGUUGACUCGGUUUCCUCAGGAUGUCUGCGUCUCUGCUGCGGAGAGGACUGGAGCUGCUCAGCCACGAUAUCAAAGAUGUCAAUAAAGGGAAGAAGAAGAAGAGGAAGCAGCAGCCGACCCCCAGCUCAGCCACUGUGAUGGACCUGGUGAGCACCAAGCGGCAGGGGGUCACCAAGCAGGUCAAGCUGCUGCAGGGCCGCCAGGGCCACGGCAAGAGCAAAGCCACGGUCAAAAACAAGAGGAUCAAGUCCGCAGUGGAGGAGUUCAGGAAGAAGCAAGGGAAGAGCCACAUGCAGGCAAACCUCAAGUACUUUUUGGGAACCAUCAGCAAAACCACAGAUUCAGACACUUUGAAGAUCCUGAAUCACAACACUGGGAGACAGUCUAGGGAUCACCCGGAGCGACCGGCCAAGGAGCCCAAGCCAGUCGAAUCGGUGUUCACAGAGAAGGAGUUCCAGCAGUUCCAGAAGGAAUACUUUGGCACGACUGUCAAGCAGAAGAAAUGAAGCGAACACAAAGACUCUGCAGCUUGAGAAGAGACGUCUGGGCUGCAUUUUGUGGAUCAGAGUAGAUUCUCUGGACCAGGCUAUGAUCUGGAAGUUGGAUCGACUUCACGUCUCAUAAAGAAAGGAGGAAACCCAUGAGGAGAAACGCUUUUAUUCGCUUUUGGUGUUUGGACUUCACACACUGGGACCAUUUGAUUUACCAGCUUGGAAUUUAGUGGGCUGUAAUUCAUAAAACACGAGGAAAAAGAAAGGUAAUUGUGGCUUGAUAUUUUAAUGUCAACCAUAAACUUUAGUAUAAAUAAAAAGACAAACAAAAAUAUGAUAGAAAUUGAACGGGAAUUAAGAAAAUAAACUGUAAACAUGAAUACCCAUCAUUUCUGCAUUAUUUAUUCUAAAGAAUGCAGUCUUCAUAUCAGUGCAUACUGGCCAAUGGCUACUUUUGGACAGGCUCUAGUUACAAUCGUUGUCUAGUCAUAAGGAUCUAUUGUGAAUAUUUUAUUUUAUGAGUUUAUGCCUAAUGAAUAUAAUGAUGAAAUAUC